AUGGAGGCAACACAAGAGUCCACUCAGCCAUGUGCUGACCCCCGCCGGAUGGGCUUGAAUAAUUCCGGACUCCACGAAACGGACCUGGCGGACAUCAUCUGUAUCCUUCAUCCCACCUCCCAUACAGCUCAUGAUGCGGUAUCGGCAACAGCACGUCAUGGCACCCAGCAUAUACUCCAGCGAGAUAUGUUGGAAUACGAAAGCUCCGAUACGGCCUCGCUGGAUGUCGCGUUGAGACUAUCAUCGGAUGUCUACGACCUGGGCACGGGGUUCUGCUUUGGCCGCAAUCGUGCUUCUUGCGACGUACUUCUUUCAGGCGACGAUGAUGCUAAACGUGUCUCCAACAAACACUUUCGCAUUUAUCUCACCGGUGACGGGAUCAUCAUGUUACAAGACACCUCGACAAACGGGACUAUCGUAGACAACUGCCGUCUGCGCAAGAGAGACAAGGACAACAACAGCCGGAUGCUGACCAACGGUUCUGUCAUUAAUUUGGUCAGUGGCACUCAAAGCUCGGAUGAAGUGCGGUUUAUCGUCCGGAUUCCAUCGCGAGAUGGAUUCAAUAUGCAGUACACACAAAACGUGCUUCGCUACUUCGAACGGGUCCAGAGACACGUCGGUGCUGUGCAGCAUAGGACGCGGCAUCUCGCCCAGACUCAGCCCGCUCUCUCGUGGUCGGCUGCCAAUACUUUUGGCAUGCAUUGGUCAGGCGGCUCGAUGUACAAUGUGACUGGUCAGAUCGGAAAGGGGGCGUUUGCAACAGUCUACAAGCUCGCCACCAAGCAGCAUGGGACGAUAUUUGCGGCCAAGGAGCUCGACAAGCGGCGUUUCAUGAAGAAUGGCAUUUUGGAUCAGAAAGUCGACAAUGAAAUGAAAAUCAUGAGAGACCUGCGACAUCCGAAUAUCGUGAAAUACAUUAAUCACUAUGAGCAUGAUCGCUGGAUCUACAUUAUCAUGGAAUAUGUUCCUGGAGGCGAGCUGUCCACAUAUCUGCAAAGCCACGGCAAAAUCCCCGAAGAAAUGGUCAGAACGAUAGCCCGUCAAAUCCUACGUGCACUUCACUAUCUCCACAAACGCCACAUCACCCACCGCGACAUCAAACCAGACAAUAUCUUGAUUGCCUCACUCGACCCGUUGAGGGUCAAGCUUUCUGACUUCGGUCUGUCUAAGGUGGUGCAAGAGGAAACAUUCCUGAAGACCUUCUGUGGCACGCUACUCUACUGUGCGCCUGAGGUGUAUCCAGACUACGAGAUGUACAGAGGCGAGUUCCGCAAAAGACGUCGAGUUGGAGAUCCGCCACCGAAAACAUCCCCCUACGGCCAGUCCGUAGACAUGUGGUCCCUCGGUGCCGUGCUCUAUCACAUUCUGUCUGGAGUUCCUCCAUACACGGGGACCGCACAAGAUCGAGGUGUACAGAUGCUGCGCACCAUCAUGACAACAGAGGCUGAUUUCAACAUCCUGCGUGAAGCCGGUGUGUCCAAAUCGGGCAUCGACUUUGUCUCACACCUCCUAAACCGCGACCCUCACUCCCGUCCGUCUGAGAAAGAGUGCUUCCAGCACCCCUGGAUUGCCAGCGUCCCGGACGUAGACGAGUAUGAUGACGAUUCCCUUCUUACUGACCUCGAGCAAGGUCUGCCAGCCAUUGGUGAAGAUGCAGAGGAAGAUCUGGAUGCCUCUCAACUGUCUAUCAACGACGAUCUCGCCUACUACACGUGGGAAGCCGACAAGGAGGGAAAUAGCAACAGCAAUGAGACCCUCGCCAAGAAACCUCGUCUUGAAUACGCCCCAUCUGAUAUUCGCUAUCCCUCUCUUCCCAACAUUGAGAGUUUCCAGGAUGAUCAAGUGGUUGCGGAGCAAAACGCAAGGCGUCUAUUUGACGAGAGCCAAACAGUCACUAUGCAGCAUGCCAGGCGGCUCUUUGGCGAAGUCACCACGUCAGCUCUGCGUAGCUCCCAUGCCCUUGGCAAUGCGGAUCCAUACACUGGGGAUGAAUUGGACCCUAACGACUUCAUUUCUUCCGGUGAGUCGUUCAGCGAAGCCCGUAGUGUCUCCUCGAUCAUUUCCCUCCCGACGAACCCAAUCGGUGGAACCGCGCCCAGCUUGAUGGGAGCGGAGAAUCUCGUUGGACGGCUGAAUAUGAAUUCUUCGCACCCUACCCUUCCUCAGACUCAGGCCGGCCCGGUUAACCAGACAUCGACGCGGAAGACCAGUCCUGCAGACCCCUUGGAGCCCGCGACUACAGAUAGCGAUAUACGCCCAGCUCAUUUUAGCGCACACGAGACAACCCCCAAAGCGCCUCAGAUCUCGCGCCGCAUAGAAAUUGCGCUUCCUGAUACGGCAAGUGAAGAAUCCAGUGUUCACAGCCGUUCACCUUCGACCACUGCGCCCCAACAACAAGCAAAGGACGGUGGCUAUGACGACGAACUCGCAGUAACCCUCGACGCUCAGACGGGGCGAGCCAUCUUGCAGCAAUUAGCUGCUCCAUCCGAACCAUCAUCUCCAAUUGUGCAUCAGCCAAGCCUCCCAUCCGCCAUUUCAGAUUCGGAGUUCACCAAGCCUCGGCCAAUCUUGGGCAGGCUGAUCAGCCUCCCGGGGUCUAUAUUUGACAUGUCCCUCCGCUUGGAAAAUCGGAUGACCUCAUGGGGCCGGGGUCCUUUGGCCACAGUAAGACAUCCAGACCCAAUGGACACGCGCAUUCCUGCGUAUGCACUAGAGUUGACCUUUUGGGCUCCCGCCCUGGAGGCGCGAAUCGCAAUGGGCCAAGAUUGGAUGCAAGUAUCGGGAGUGAUGGCGAUCCUCUCUACCAAGGCGCGCAAAGGCAUCUGGGUGAACGACGUCCCACUACGCAAGGACGAGGCUCUGAGCUACGGCAAGCUGUACACGGGCGACAUCAUCACCGUCUACCAGCACGGCGACAGGUUCCUGAAACUGCGGUGCGAAUUCUACCACGGAGAAAGCGUCUUCCCUCGGCCGGCGCAUGAAGCCGGGCUUGUGGUGCGCCAGGUGCUCACGACAAAAUACGACGGGGCUGCCAAUCGGAUGCCUGUUCGACCGGUAAAGGUGAAGGGGGGCGACGAAUAA